ACUUCAUGUCUUGAAUUGACUUUUAGAUACUUGAAGGAUUGAUCUGCUCUCAUAUCAAAAGACUGUUCAAAAAGAAAUCGCUUGGAACAUUAACAAAUACAUUACUUCCCUUUAAUUGAAGUCUUUGUAUUUGGACAUCAUAAUCCCAAACCGAAACAGCUGAUCUCAAACAUCCACCCCACUACUGUCAUCAUGUCGAAGAAUACAAUGAAAGCAGUUGUCUUCAAGGGAGCUUUGAAAGUGGUCAUCGAAGACCGACCGGUUCCCAAGAUUGUCGACCCAACGGAUAUUCUGAUCAAAGUCAAGUACUCUGCUCUGUGUGGAAGUGAACUCCAUGUAUUCCGAGGUCACCAACCCAGCAAGACAGACUUCAUCAUGGGCCACGAAACCACCGGCGAAGUCGUCGAAGUCGGCUCCUCGAUCAAGAACCACAAAAAAGGCGACACAGUCGUAAUGCCCUUCACCGUUUCCUGCGGCGCCUGUUUCUACUGCGAGCGAGGGUACUCCUCCCGCUGCGAGAAAUGCCUUCUCUUCGGGUGUCCGCUCCUCGACGGCGGUCAAGCAGAGUACAUGCGAGUUCCGCUCGCGGACUCCACAGCCGUGAAGGCGCCCGAGGGAAUCGACGAGAAGAAGUUAGUUCUGAUGGCGGAUAUUUUCCCCACGGGGUAUUUUGCUGCUGCGAAUGCGUUUAGGGGGUUUGAUGAGGAGACGAUUGCGCAGAGUGUGGUGGUGUUGAUUGGGUGUGGGCCGGUGGGGUUGUGUGCGUUGAUUAAUGCGUUGGAGUAUAAGCCGAAGGUGGUUAUUGCUGUUGAUCGGGUGGAUAGUAGGUUGGAGUUGGCGAAGAAGUUAGGGGCGGAGCCGUGGAAUGAUCAGAAGGAUCGGGCUGGCCUCGAAGCAAGAGUCAAAGAAUUAACCAACGGCCGAGGAGCAGACACCGUCAUCGAAGGAGUCGGACAUGCCGACGCGCUGAAGACAGGAUUCGAUCUCCUCCGUCCAUGGGGUAACAUCUCCAGUUUCGGUGUGCACAACGAGGAGAUUCCAUGGACUGGUAAUCAAGCGUAUGGCAAGAAUCUGAGAAUACAGAUGGGAAGAUGUCCUGUUCGAAGCAUUUUCCCACAGGCUUUGGAAAUGUUGAAGAAGAAUCAGCACAAGCUUGACUUCAUGACUGAUAAGUUCAUGCCGAUGAGUCAGGCUGUUGAGGGAUACGACAUCUUCAAUAAGAUGCAAGUCCAGAAAGUGGUCUUUGUUCCAGAACAUCAGUAGGAAGAUCGCUUAAAAGGAAUGGGACUGUGAAUGUUGGAGAUGUCUGGGAUUUCAUUCGCUUCAAUGUUGUUAUGGCUAUCAAUGUUUUCGGUGACAGGGGUCUGGAGUGAGGCGAGAGGACAGGAGAUGAGCGAAAUGGAUUGGGUAGCAUUUCAAAUUGCAAAAAGCAAUAGAAAUAUCCCAUGUCGAAUCUUUCAAUGCGACUUUACCUCGCCCACUCUGGAGCAAAUCACCUGACCUGGCCCUCCAACCCAUUCGAUCGCAAUACAAUUCUAUCAUCGACGUUCAAAAGAGUGCUGCUCGAAGCGAUAAUGAAAAGGCAAUCGCUCUCGAGCGAGUAUGUCACUUUAUGAAGGACGGUUUGCCGCCUGUCGCUAUAUGCGUGCGUAUAAGAGUGAGAGUGGGGUGAUAGGUUGCAUGGAACUAUUUAUUGCAAAGACCCCCGACUUUUUAUUGGGG